CAAUUUUUUUUCUCUGAGCUUCUGAUAAUUUUUUCCAAUUUACAAAUUUUUUUUUUUUUUGGAAAAUAAUUUACUCACUCAUUUUCACUGUUUGGUGAAGAAAAAUCGAAUAUAGAAUCUACUACAAGCAAAAAGAAGAAUAGGAUUGAUUGGUUUUUUUCUCUUAUAAAUAUUAUUCAAAUGAUUGAUGAUAAUAUAAAUGAAUAAUAAUGAAUAGUAACCAAAAAUCCAUAUCAAAACAUCGUACCGGUGGUGGUGGUGGUGGCGGCAGUGGCCAAUCACAAGGUAAUCAACGUGGUGAUUACCAACGAUCCAAUCAAGAUCGCUAUCAAUCACACGCAAUUCGAUCAAAUAAUUCAAAUGUAACACAAGCUUGUAUAAAUGCUGUUGCUAUAAAUCCAGCAGCCGCAAUGAAUCAAACACAAUUGAUUCGUAAUUAUAAUACAAAUCAACAAACACAACCUGCAUUGAUUGGUCAUCAACCAGCAAGCAUACAGAUGGCUCAUCUGAAUCCGCAACAACAACAACAGCAGCAGCAGCCAACUGGUGGUGGUGGUGGUGGUGGUGUUCCAACAGUGGUAUCAUCACAACAAGCAAUGUCUGGCAUGAUAAAUGCAGCAGCAGUUGCAGCCGUUGCACAACAACGGUUUCAAACAUUUACGGCACAAGCACCACAACAACAACAGCAGCGUAUACCAACGAAUCAUCAGAAUUCUAUUCGCCCAUCAUAUAAUCAUCCAAUGCGUGCUGGUAGCGGUGGCGGCGGAAAUAAUGCUGGAAAUAUACCUAAUCAUCAUCACAAUAAUAUACAAUCAUAUGCGGCAAUUCCGGCUACAGCAGCUGCUGCUACGAUUCCAAAUUAUGUUUCAUAUGCACCGAACCAAUCCUAUGGUUAUCAUCAUCAUCCUCAUCAUCAUCAUCCUGGAACAUUUCAUCCGAAUCAGUUUUCUAUACAGAAUCCUGUUCAUCAUCAACAAAUGACCUACGGAUAUCAUCAUCAGCCUAUGUUUUUUUUACCCGAUUAUGCAAGAUUUCCAUAUCAAUUGCCGGCCAACAUGCAAACAAAUGCAGCAGCUGCUGCUGCCGAUUUAAAUAAUCAGCAAUCGGCUGGUACAUCAUAUAAACCAAAUGAUGUUCAACAUCAUCAACAACAGCAGCAGCCUCAACAACAACAACAACAGCCGGGUACUACCGGUCAACAGCCACAAUCACAACAUCAACAGCCACAGAUAUCUAUGCCAAUACAGCCACAGCCAAUUAAACACCAACGUGAAAAGAAACCAUUAGAAAUAUAUGAUGAUAAUGGUGUUAGAAUUGAUCUGAGUCAAUUGGCAUCCUUGGCGAAAAAUAAACCGACUACGAAUAUUACGUUGAGUAAUAAUAAUGAUAAUAUUCCUAAUGUUGAGAAUCAAUCAAAAACGGAAAAGAAUGUUGAAAAUACAACGAGAAUAAAAACGGAAUUUAACGGUCCUGUUAAAAAUGAUGGCACAAAAUUGCAAAAUACCGAUGACAAAACUAUCGAUAAAUCCAAUAAUGGAUCUAUCGAUGUUAAUGACGAAAGUAAAAGUGAUGAUAAUUCUGUAUCAUCAGCUGUUAAUGAUAAACCGAAUGAAUCGCAACAACAACAAACAACGCCAAUUACAUCAUCUGAAUCAUCAUCAGCUGAUGGUCAUCCGAAAUUAUCCUGUGAUAUGAAUAAUGAAAUGACGAUACCAACUACAACAUCAACUGCUGAUUUAUCACCAUCAUCAAUUAGUAAUAGUGAUCCGAAACAAUCGAAAAUUAAUGAUGAUGGCCAAAUUAUUGAUGAAAUAACUGCUAAAGUUGAUAAAUUGGCAAUGAAUAAUAAUGAUGAUAAUUCAACAACAUCAACAAUAGAUGGUGAUUUUGUUAAAGUUACUGGUGAUGGUGAUACUGUCGUUGUUGAUGCUAAUGCUGCUGCAUCUGUCAUCGAUGGCGCAGAUGAUGGUAAAGAAUCUUUAGAAAUGAAUUCUACUACUUUACGUGAUGAAAACAAAAAAUCAUCUACCGUCGCCCAUUUAACAAAAGGUGAAGAAUCAAUUUCAAUUCAACAAACAUCCACAACUACAACUGGUGAUAUGGAAAGUAGUUUUGAAAUUAUUGAUCAUAUUACAUCUGAUCUUUCAAUACCAACUACCACGACGAAGACUGUUACUGCUGCUGCUGGUGCUGCUGCUGUAGAUUUAGUCAAUCAUGAUCGUGAUAGCCGAAAUGCUACACCUGAACCUCCGUCUAAUGUUGUUGAAUCACCAUCCAAAUUGAGACAGAAACCAGCAACUACUUUUGGUAUUGGCGGCAAUAAUGAUAAUGUUGUUGCUGCUGUUGAAAAUACAGCCAAUAACAAUUCAAUAGUGAUUGAUUCACGGCAAUAUUCACGUGAUGCAUUAUUGAAAUUGCGGUCAAAUGCAACCGAAUUGGAUCUAACACAUUCAAAUCAGGAAAAUGUACACGAUAUUAUUCGUAAGACUUCUCCAAAUAUACAAACCGAUUCAUUGCUUCCAUUAUAUGCUCGACAAAAUCGUCCAAUGAAUGAUAAUACAUUACAAUUUCGCAAUAAAUCCAUGGUACAACCAUCAAGACGGCCAUCACAACCAUCAAGACAUUAUUCCGAACAAAAAUCACGGAAAAUUUUUUCCACAUCAUUGUAUUCGGAUUAUCCACAUAAUUCGGAUGAAUGGCGUCCAGGUAAAAUACAAUCUGAGGAUCCGAAUGAGAUUGAAACUGGAAAUCUAUUGAAAACUGUCCGUUCCAUAUUGAAUAAAUUGACGCCAGAAAAUUAUAAAACAUUAUUGGUACAAUUUAAAGCACUGAAAAUUGAUACAAAAAAUCGUCUUGUACGUGUUAUCGAUUUGAUUUUUGAUAAAGCCGUUGCUGAACCUGCAUUUGUCGAACAAUAUGCCGGAUUUUGUUCCGAAUUAAUACACAUAAAAGUGAAUGAAGAGAAUGAAAACAAUGAAAUGGUACAAGUGAAAUUUAAAAAUCUGCUCAUUUCAAAAUGUCAACAUACAUUCUUUGAGAAUAUGUAUUCGCAUAUAACCGAUCUAAUACAAGAGGUUAAAUCAACGGAAAAUCAGGAAAAGUUGAAACAACUAGAAGAACAAUUAGAAGAAGAAAAAAUGCUUGCACGUAAACGAUCGGUUGGUAAUAUCAAAUUGAUUUCCGAACUAUUCAAGCUAAACAUGUUGAAUGCAUCAAUUAUGUUCGCUUGUUUUACUUAUUUAUUGAAGAAUUUUGUUGAAUAUAAUCAUGAAGAAUAUAUUGAAUGUCUUUGUGCCUUGAUCACUAAUAUUGGUAGAACAUUAACGGAUCAGAUAAGAAUGAAAUUUCAAGAUCACAUUCCAAAAUUUGACACUUUAUUCAAUCAAUUGGAAAAGAUAUAUAAUGAAGAAUCCGAAACAAAAGUCUCUCCAAGAAUUCGUUUUAUGAUUUUGGAUCUAUUAGAAUUACGUAAAAAUAAAUGGAUACCACGUCGUAAAAAGGAAGGACCGAAAUUAAUAUCACAGGUACAUGCCGAUAUGGAAAUGCAACAACGAAUGAAAAAUGAAUCAGCAAAUGAAAUGAAAAAACGACAGAAACAACAACAGCAUCAACAACAUUAUCAACAUCAAAAUAAUGCUCAAAAUAACGAUGAAUGGCAACAGGUAAAUAAACGUAAAUCACAACAUAUGAAUGCCCCGAUGAAAAGUUUUAAUUUUUCUGUUUUAAAAAAUAUAACGAGUUCAAGUGCAUCGAAAAAUGAAUCUGGAUCAUCAUCUGGAUUUUCCAUGUUUACAUCCGGUAGUCAUGGUGGUUCAAAUUCGGGUUCACAGAGUCGUUCAUCAUCGACAAAUUAUGAUAAUAAAAAUUUUGGUUCGUCCAAUGAUAAAAAUCAACGUACCUUCCAUGAUAGCCUAAAUGCAAAGAAUUAUCCGCAACGUGGCCGUGAUGAACGUAAAGUAUCAGAUGUAACAAAUUAUCGUCAGAUGGAUAAACAUCAUCGUAGUGAUAGUCAACAAUCGUUGAAAUCAUCAUCAUCGAUAACAGCCAAUUUGUCGCCAACUCCUCGAUCAGAUUCGAUGGAUAAUUUACGAUCAUCAUCUGCUGCUUCUGCUGUACCGGUAUUGAAUCCAAUGGAAUUUCAGGAACGCAUUUCAGAUGCAUUGAAAGAAUAUUUAAAAAAACAAGAUUUUGAGGAAUUUUAUAAAGAUGUUCAAUCGUUUUGCUCAAAAACAAAAUGUGCCGAUUUUAUUUCGGAAUCAAUAGUGUUAUCACUUGAUAAAACUAGUCAAGAAUAUAAUCCACGUGAAAGAUUUGGACAAUUUUUGGGACAAUUUUUUUGUUCAUCAUUCUGUGAGUGUUCAGAUAUUUUUGAAAGCCUAAAAGCCGUUUUCGCUCAAUACGAAGAUUUGAAAAUAGAUUUACCAAAAUUUUUUCAAUUUGUUGCCGAAGUAAUUGCUUAUGCAACAUUGAUUGUUUAUGAAAAAGGUUCAUCAGCAGCAACAAAGAAUGAUAUAAUGAAAGCUGUUGUAAAAGCAUAUAAUGAAAUUAGUGGCAGUGAAAGUGCCUUGUUUCGUGAUAGUCUAUUAAAAUCAAUUGAACAAAAGAAUAAAAAAUGUUUUGAAGAAAUAAGGCCAUAUUUUCAUUCAACACAACAGGCUGAAUUAGAUAAAUAUGAUAAAUUAGAUGAUAUAAUUGAUCAAUAUAUGGUUACGGCCGAUUUGGAUCAAUUAAAAUCACAGAUAAAGGAAAAUUUUUCCCAAAAUGAAACCGAUGAAGAUUUUAAAUGUGCCUUAUAUUAUAAACUUUUAUAUGCAUGUUUCAAAACACAUAAUGCAACAUCUACAAAAUGGGAUAGAAUCAAAAAUCUCAUAGAAUCAUUUGUUAAUGAUAAAAAUGAUGAAAUUUUAUUUCUAAUCAAAUGUACAGCAUUAUUCGAAGAAUUAAAUCAACCACAACAAUUAUUACCUGAGAUAUUUAUUUAUCUACGUGAUAAUAAAUUGAUUCAAAAUGAAUCGUUUUAUCAAUGGAAAGUACACAGGAAAACGAAAGCAAUUGCCUUUAUGACUGUAAAAAGGUUUAUCGAGAAUUUAGAUAAAAAAUGAUUGUGACAUGUACGCAACAACAACAAGAAAUAAACAAACAGCAAUCGUCCAUCAUUAUCUUCAUUAUUUUUUUAUCAAAUCCCUCGCCAUCUUCGCCAAUCAACAAUUGGCAUUUAGUUCAACAACAAUUGUAUUGUAUGUGUUGGUGUAUUUGAUUUUUUUUCGAUAUUUUCUUAAACAUAUGGCUCUUUGACAUUAUUCACGAACAUCAUGUAUACCAUCAAUCAAUGUUGUUGCAGAUUAUGCUGAUUUGUUUUACAAGAAAAUAUUUUCGUUUUUUACUAAGCAUCGAUUAGCUGGAAGAUGAAGAGGAUGGUAGUUACAUAUAAUAAUAACAUAUAUAUAGAAUUUCUACACAUCCACAACAAUCCAUAUAUAGAUUCCGUUCUAUAAAAAAAGAAGCAAAUAAAUUCCAUCUCAUGUAAUUGGCCUAAAAUUUGCCAUAUCAGCAUCAAAUAUACCAGAAUUUUUUAUAUAGCAUAAAUAUGGCCAAUCAUUUUAUUCAUAUUUGCCGCUGAUGCCGAUAUCACUGAUAAUGAUGACUAUUCUUAAAUUUUGGAUCGUUUUAUUUCGAAAUU